AUGGAUUUGUUUGUUCCUUCCACUGUUAGAAAUAGCUGUAAUCGAGAACUAGAGAUACGUAAAACGGAGUUCAAAAUGGCAGGACAGGUGCUUUGUGCCUGCUCCAGACGUGAUCAUUUAAGUAAGGUGCUCUAUAUUACGGUGGUUGCUGCGGCUUCAGGAAGAGGGUACAGUUUGGGACUGGAGACACAGCUCACUGAUUGUAAUCACUGCACUGUGGGCGAAGGGAGGAGAGCCCUGCUGACCAGCAGAGCCGAACCCCGAAUUACCCAAAUUGAGGGCCUGCUUCUUAUACCCACAACCAGCAGAGCUUUUCCUUGGCUUCGUCCUCCCUGGGGCACCGUAAUCACGUAUCCGCACCACCAAGUCUGGCUAGCGCUGGGCUCCACCAAACGGAGGACUCCAGGCUCGUGUGAUUCUCUUGGGAACCUGGGGUUCCAGGGAGCAGCACACUGCAGCUCUAACCCCGUCCCACAUGUAACCCCACACUCAGAGCUCUUAGGUGGUGGCAACGGCCACCGCCUUCGUUUUCCUCCGGGUCCUUAUGUUCUAAUCUUAAUUGCUGAUACUAACGCUCGGAUCAUGCAUUACACUCUGCAGAAUGGCCCCAGAAGCAAGCGUUACCGAGACUACAGAGUUCAAAGAGGCUUUAGUGGAGCCGGGGCCAAGGCUGCUGGCCUGGUUCUGGGCUCCGAGCAUGAGACGCGUCUGGUGGCAAAGCUAUUUAAAGACUACAGCAGUGUGGUACGGCCGGUGGAGGACCACCGGGAGAUUGUCCAGGUCACCGUGGGCCUACAGCUGAUCCAGCUCAUCAAUGUGGAUGAAGUCAAUCAGAUUGUGACCACCAACAUCCGUCUGAAACAGCAAUGGGUAGAUUGCAACUUGAAAUGGAAUCCAGACGACUACGGCGGGGUGAAAAAAAUCCACGUCCCCUCGGAAAAGAUCUGGCGGCCGGACGUCGUUCUCUAUAACAAUGCAGAUGGCGACUUUGCCAUUGUCAAAUUCACCAAGGUGCUCCUGGACUACACCGGCCACAUCACCUGGACGCCUCCAGCCAUCUACAAAAGCUACUGUGAGAUCAUUGUCACCCAUUUUCCCUUCGAUGAGCAGAACUGCAGCAUGAAGCUGGGCACCUGGACCUAUGAUGGCUCUGUAGUGGCCAUCAACCCGGAAAGUGACCAGCCAGACCUGAGUAACUUCAUGGAGAGCGGGGAGUGGGUGAUCAAGGAAGCCAGGGGCUGGAAGCACUGGGUGUUUUACUCCUGCUGCCCCAACACCCCAUACCUGGACAUCACCUACCACUUCGUCAUGCAGCGCCUGCCCCUCUACUUCAUCGUCAACGUCAUCAUUCCCUGCCUGCUCUUCUCCUUCCUAACCAGCCUGGUGUUCUACCUGCCCACAGACUCAGGGGAGAAGAUGACGCUGAGUAUCUCUGUCUUGCUGUCCCUCACUGUGUUCCUUCUGGUCAUUGUGGAGCUGAUCCCGUCCACCUCCAGUGCCGUGCCUUUGAUCGGGAAGUACAUGCUGUUCACCAUGGUGUUCGUCAUUGCAUCCAUCAUCAUCACCGUCAUUGUCAUCAAUACACACCACCGCUCGCCCAGCACACACAUCAUGCCUGAGUGGGUGCGGAAGGUUUUUAUCGACACUAUCCCAAACGUUAUGUUUUUCUCCACAAUGAAAAGACCAUCCAGAGAUAAGCAAGAGAAAAAGAUUUUUACAGAAGACAUAGACAUCUCUGACAUUUCCGGGAAGCCGGGGCCUCCACCUGUGGGCUUCCACUCUCCCCUGAUCAGGCACCCAGAGGUGAAAAGUGCCAUCGAGGGUGUUAAGUACAUCGCGGAGACCAUGAAGUUAGACCAGGAGUCCAAUAAUGCAUCAGAGGAAUGGAAGUAUGUUGCCAUGGUGAUGGACCACAUUCUCCUUGGAGUCUUUAUGCUGGUGUGUCUCAUCGGGACACUGGCUGUGUUUGCAGGUCGGCUCAUUGAGUUACAUCAGCAAGGAUGAGCAGAAGGCUGAACCUACCUCUGCCCCAGCCCCAACCAGCACUGGGAAAGAGGAAGUUCUUUAAUACUUCCACACUUACCAAACGCGCAGUGUUCUACACGUCCUAUUAAUAGUAGUGGUCUCUGUUUACAGGCUAUGGUCUUGACGUAUUUCCCCUUUGCUUCUCUUCCAACCCCAUGGGUCUUCUUAAAGAGUGAACCCUUUGUAGUAAAUAAA